AUGACUUCGGAAGUCCAUCUUGUCCGCCACGCGGAAUCUACCCACAAUGUUUCCAAAGACAUGUCUCAACUUGACCCUGGUCUAACAUCUCGUGGAUUUGAACAAGCCACACGACUUGCCCAGACGUUUCCUCAUGCUCCUCAGGUAGGCGUGAUCCUCACGUCCCCACUGCGGCGCACCAUCCAGACCACGCUCGCUGCUUUCCCACACGUCCUUAAUAAACGCUAUUUCGACCAAGACUCCGAACAUGGUAUCGAAAACGGUGCGACCCUCAUCUUGGAUCCAAAUUUGCAGGAACGGAGUGCGCUUCCCUGCGACACUGGGUCCACAUCUCCGGCCCUAGAGAAGGAUUUCCCGGGACUAGGCGUUAAAGGUUUAGCGGAAGGUUGGCAAGUGAAGGAGGGUAUUUAUGCUCCUGAAGAUGAGGCAGUGAAGGAGCGAGCGAAGAGAGUGAGGUCUCGCGUCGCAGAACUCUCCGAUCACUUGAAGGAUGAGGAAAGGAACCAUAUCGUGAUUGUAACGCAUGGUGUUUUCAUGAAGUUCUUAUCUGGAGACUCAGAUAUCGAUAUACCAAAAGCGGGCUGGAGGAGCUACACGCUUGAGAAACAUAGCUCCGACAUUGUUCUGCGUGAAAAAUAG